ACUUCAAAACGGAUGUGUGCUCAUUCAGCAAACACCCAAACAAACCCAUCUUCUUCUUAUUUUUUUUCUUAUUUUGUUCAUCGGAAUUAUUUAGGGUUUAUUCUUUUCUCUGGAGAUAAUCUUUUCGUCGGAAUACGACUUGUCUGACCCCAGGUUUUAUCCGCCGGGUUUUUCAGCCGGCGUUCGUUUUAAGCGAUUACGUCGGUCAUGGGAGAAACUGGUGUAAUCCGCCUUCAGAAAAGUUUGGACCCGGCUGCUCAAGAGUUCAGACCAGGAUACGUUACUAACCUGCCCGCUUUGUUCGGGCCGCCGGUCCGUCAUGUUUACUAUUCGUUCGGAACUCCGUUUCCACCGUCGACUAAUGAACUGCAAGUGGAACCGUUUUGUAAUUCGGUGUUAACGCGUUCUCCUAAUUUUCCGAUUGAUUUUAAUACGGCGUUUGUUAAUCCAGUGGAGGAUAUUGCGGUGCCGGAGGUUCAGCCUCUGUCGUCCUCUCCGACUCGGUCGCUGUUACUGAGUGCGGUACCGAGUGACGUCAGCGAGUCGGUUGUGCGAAGGGAUUUGGAAUGCUUUGGGGAUGUUAGAGGGGUUCAGAUGGAGAGAAUCAGGAAUGGAAUCUUGACGGUGCAUUAUUAUGAUCUGAGGCAUGCAGAAAAAGCUUUUCGUAAGAUGAGGAGCCAAAAUUUGAUGCGUCGAAAACAAUUUCGUAAUCAACAUUCUAGGUUUUUGCAGAACAAUUUCGACACACCGCCACGGUUGGCUCGUGCCCUAAUCGGUGGCUGUGAUGUGUGGGCUGAAUUUGUUAUUCCGACGAGUAACGCCGCCGUACCGGACGGGAACAACCAGGGCACGAUCGUUGUUUUCAACUUAGAUUUGGGUGUCUGCGCUUCUACUCUUAAGGAAAUCUUCGAGCGUUUUGGCCCUGUAAAGGACGUUAGGGAGACGCCAUUGAAGAAGCAUCAACGGUUCGUUGAGUUUUUUGAUGUCAGAGAUGCCGCGAUGGCUGUUAAAGAGAUGAACGGUAAGGAAAUUCAUGGCAAACCGGUCGUCGUUGAGUUCAGCCGUCCCGGUGGAAGUGGCCGAAAAUUCUUCAACCCCAUGAUCGCCUCCGGAAAAUUAGGCGCUAGACAACACCAGCAGCCUCUUCCGGCUCGGCCUUGGAAGCUAUCUGGUCGUUUCAACGACCCCCCACAUCGCUCAUCCUAUUCGGAAUCUCAACUUUCUCCCAAGAAGGUGCAAUGUAUGAAUGCCCGGAGAUUAACUUACGCGGAUACACUAGUGGAUAAGUUACAUCCAUUGAAUUGCAGUGGAAAUAUUGUAAAUGAAAUUGAAAGAAGAGGUUCCGUUGGCACUUGGAGGAGGAUGAAUUCAAAGAAGAUCAUCAAUAGGAAAUCGGUAACCAGCUCAAAACAAGAAGUGUCUCCUCAACCCAGGAUUAGUAUUAGGUUGAGGAAAAAUAGUUUCUUGAGGAAAUCUGACCCGUGUUUCUUAAUAAGCGAAAACACCAUGGAACCAGAAGCAUCGGAUUGCAGAGAUUGCAGAACCACUGUUAUGAUUAAGAACAUACCCAACAAGUACAAUCUGAAGUUAUUGUUGAAGACUCUGGACAAGCACUGCAUGGAGUGCAACGAGGAGAUAAACAACGAUGGCAAAGGACUGCCUUUGUCCUCCUAUGAUUUCGUAUAUCUUCCAAUUGACUUCAUCAAUAAAUGCAACGUUGGAUAUGGGUUUGUGAAUAUGACCUCCCCCCAAGGAGCUUGGAGACUGUACAAAGCUUUCCAUCUUCAAGCAUGGCAAGUCUUCAACUCCAGGAAAAUCUGCCAAGUUACCUACGCUAGACUUCAGGGGUUAGAAGCACUCAAGGAACAUUUUAAGAACUCUAAAUUUCCGAGCGAAAUGGAUGAGUAUGAGUUGCCGGUGGUGUUUUCGCCUCCUCGUGAUGGUAUUCAACUAACAGAGCCGCUCCCCGUCGCCGGUAACGUUCAUGUUGUUGGUGCACAUACAUCAACAGGUGAAAUUGGUGGCCAUGAAGAUCGGCUGGGUGAUACCACAGCCGCUGAUCAAUCGUUGGAGCUAGUGCCGUGUGGCGGUGGUGAUAAUGGUGAUGAGGAAGGAGACAGCAAGAGAUCAGAAGAUGGGUGAUCAACACACCGCCGCACCAAACUGUACAAAAAAUCAGAAACAGAACUCAAAAUGAUGACGGGUGUUGCGUUGGAGGUUGGGAGCAGUCUUUAUGUCGUCGUACAAGGGCUCAUCUCAGAUCAUCCACCUUGUUUAACUGACUAUCCAUCACUUCCUAGGGGUUUCUUUGAUAUUCUAUGCUCUAUUUCAGCUUUACCCAGUUGAGGUUUUGUUCAUAUUUCGAUGGUAGUCUAGAAGAUCGUGUAGGUGGAACUGUCCAUGUCCAUGUCUCUUUCAAUUAUGUGGGUCCUUAAAAUAUAAUGUUUUCUAAUAUGUUUAUCAUAUGUUAUUAAUUUUGUUUUUUAUAGUAUGUUGGCAUUACAAAACAUCUUUUUUCAUUC